GGAGGGCGGUGCCUCAAUCAGCAUCUCGACUUCUGCUGCAACAAUAAAAACUGCCAGCCAGCGCUCCUCCUGCUCAUUUGAGACACUGGCCCUGCAGAGCGAGAAGGAGGCAGCACACUGAUCCACAGAUACAGCAGUGCAGAGCGUCUCUCAGAAGAAACCGCAGAACAUACCCAGCACGAUGAACUCUUUACUCACACUGGCUGCAUUGCUGGCUGUGCUGCCUGCCAUCUACAGCCAGAUCAUUGCAUGCAAGACGGAGGACAAUAAGCUGAGGAUUGACUGCACAUACGACGCUCUAACAAUGUCGCCCGUCAACUACGAGUUCUCCUUUUCCAAAAUGGGCAGGGAAACCAUCAUCAUCACAAACAUGACCUCGCAGUACGACCCCAAGAACAAGUUCAGCGCCUCCGUGAAGCACAUGCCUCCGAACAGCUACCGCAUGGAGAUGGCCAACUUCCAACUGAAUGAGUCCACCACCUUCGCCUGCAAAGCCAAGAACACCAACAACCUGAACAUCUUGGUGGAAAAGGGAAAGCUGCCGACGUGCUCUGCAUACAGCCUGCUCCUCCACAGCUCCCCCUGGCUGCUAUUGGCUCUCCUCUCCCUGCAGCUGCUGCAGUGGGGGGGCCCGGCUUUCAUCUGAGUAGCAAACAUGGAAUCAACAGAAAAGAAAACACCUUCCAUGAAACAAACAAGCAAACUAAGGGAACAUGCAUGACAGCAUUUCCACUGUGGGGUCCAUGGUCCUUUUUUUCUCUGUGUCUCUUUUUUCAUGUUAAUUAAUUAAUCAAUUGUGAAGGAAUGGCUACGCUGAUGUCCCAGUCUGUCAAGGAAAAUAGUUAAUACUUCUAAUGCUAAUACUACUUUUUUUUAUAUAUAUAUAUAUAUAUAUAUAUAUAUAUAUAUAUAUAUAUAUAUAUAUAUAUAUAUAUAUAUAUAUAUAUAUAUAUAUAUAUAUAUAUAUAUAUAUAUUUUACCUAUAAUUAUGCAGAGGGUGAAGAAAAGACACUCAUAUCUUCCACUUUCAGAUACAUCUGUAAAAUACCUAUAAUGGCACUCUAAUAAGAGAGGAAGGAGAGAGACAUGUGGCUUUGUUAGAAGGAGCAGACAGCUUGAGGUGAGGUACAGGACACACAAGCUAUGUUAACUUGAAAAAUAGACAUCUCAGGUGAAUAAAGGGCAUGUUUCGCGUGAAGCAAGGCUCUUCAAUGGAUUAAAACAAUUACCUAUUAAAAAUAGAGUUUUAAUUCGAGGCUUAAACAUGUGACACUCUGAUACAAGGAGGUUUAGGAAAAAAAAAACGAGGUUUAGUGGCUGGUAUCACAGGCCGACAGUUAGGUCGUGCUGGACCUUUGCAAGCUAGGCAGAACCUGCAGGUCUGUGAAUCCUGUUACAUACAUCCCUGUACUGCUACAGAAGGGUACAUAGAGUUAACACAGAGGAACUAAGGACAUUUCUGAAGGACACUAAUCAAUUUAAAAAGAAUAUCAUUAUAACUAGGAGAGCACGAAUGUGGUCCUUCAUCAGCGCUCUUCGAGCAAUUAUGGAGGUAAAGGAACAGGAAUUAAAUAUGACCUCAAGUUCAGAGCCUGAUGCGUUUCAGAAAAGUGUGUCCAGUCAAUAACCUAACAGUUAGAGGCCAGGGUUUCACUGAGCAAAGGGCUUGCAUUCACAGCCAUUCGAAGCAACAGCCUCACGUUUGAAAAAGAUUACAUUCCUGUCUAGAACGUUUCUUCUGCAUAAAGAGCACCCUCUUUUCCUUGACAGACCUCAAUAUGCUUAAGCUGCACGGAACAAAUGCUACUUCAAGGGGUUUAAUGCUCAGGUAUAUUUCUGUGUAUUUACAAAACAUUAUUUCUUAUACACCUCUUGUAAUUCAGUCAUCAUCUACUACUACUACUAAUAAUAAUAAUAAUAAUAAUAAUAAUAAUAAUAAUAAUAAUAAUAAUAAUAAUACUAUUGUGUUUGCAGAAGCUUACAAUUGAGUAAUAUUGUGAAACAUCUUUAAUAAAGCGAUCGUUUAAAUGUU